CGCUAUUGGUUGGCUCUGAAAACUCCUCAUUCAUUGCUUGCCUUUUUUGUUCUUCGGGUUUAUUGUUUUUCUAGGUUUGGAAAUACAACAGGGAAAACUCACCGGCGACAUGGCAGGAGGAAAAGCUGGAAAGGACAGUGGCAAAGCCAAGGCGAAGGCUGUGUCUCGCUCCCAAAGGGCUGGACUCCAGUUCCCGGUGGGUCGUAUCCACAGACACCUGAAGACCCGGACCACCAGCCACGGCAGAGUGGGAGCCACCGCAGCAGUAUACAGCGCCGCCAUCUUGGAGUACCUCACGGCUGAGGUGUUGGAGUUGGCAGGGAAUGCCUCUAAGGAUCUGAAGGUGAAGCGUAUCACUCCGCGUCACUUACAGUUGGCCAUCCGCGGAGACGAGGAAUUGGACUCACUCAUCAAGGCCACCAUCGCUGGAGGAGGUGUAAUUCCUCACAUCCACAAGUCUCUGAUUGGAAAGAAGGGCCAGCAGAAGACUGCAUAGAGGAAGUGACCUCACACCACCAGGAAUUUUAUUUUAUUUAUUUAACUAGGCAAGUCAGGAAGGAAAGGGGAGCCAUAUUGAUUUUGUUUUGCAUAUUUGUUUGGGUAAUUUUGUAACCGUAGUCUUUCUAGGGAGGUGUGUAGUCUUUGAGGUAUGUGUUGGUUUGUUCUGUUUUAAAGGUGAAAGGUGGGGUGUUUAGGGAAGUUUUUAGAUUUUUUUUCUGACAAGAAACUUGUACAUUCUGUACAUAGACCAACAAAUGCAGAAGUUCUUGUCAUGUUCUGAAAAAGUUUGAGUUGAUUGGAUUUUGCUCCAAAAGUGUUUUAUACUUACCAAGUUUAAAAAAAUAUUUUAAACAACCUGUGUCUGUUUUAGUCAUAAUAUAAUUUCUUAUUUAGCUUUGACCUUGCUUAACUUCAGAGAUACAGGAGUUCUGAGAUUAUUUCAUUGUAUUCCAUGGAGACAGAAGGUUCUCACGUGUGAAUUUGUGGGGGGGGAAUUGGACAGAAUUUUUAUUUAACUAGGCAAGCCAGUUAAGAACAAACUCUUAUUUACAAUGAUGGCCAAACCUGGAUAACGCUGGGCCAAUUGUGCACCGCCCUAUGGGACUCCCAGUCACAGCUGGAUGUGAUACAGCCUGGAUUCAAACCAGUGACUGUAAAUGCUUUUUGUACUGAGAUGCUGUGCCACUCAGGAGCCCAAUGAAGUCCAUUUAGGUGUAUCGUUUGUUCUGAAAAAUCUAUUACAUUUUCACCACAAA